UUCACUCUCAGCUCUCCAUUGCAUUGCAGAGAGGAUAGACACAAGACUGAAGAGAGGGGAGGGAGACACUACCAAAGGAGAUCUCUGUGAGACAUUCCUUUGACCUUCCCUCUCUUUCUUUCUUUCUGUCUUUCUUUCGUCUCUCUCUUCCUCACUUUCUCCCCCUCUCCCAAUGUGUUUUGGAGCUCUCGCCCUUCCUCCUUCUCCCUCUUCUUGUUAAGCGUCUCUCUGCUCUGCUUGGACGGUGGCUGCAUCGAUGCAAAAUGGGUUGUGGCAAUUCCUCAGCCACCAGCACCUCAGGAGGGGGGCCAGCAGAAGCCUCCAAAGAUGUGACAGACGAUCCCUCGGCAGAAGAUGAGAAAAGAAGGAACUAUGGUGGCGUAUAUGUAGGUCUACCAGCAGACCUGACCACUGUGGCCGGUAGUCAGUCCAAGUCCACACGUAAAGACUAGCAGCUACUGAAAGGAACACAACACAGGAUCCUGCAUAUUCAUUCACCUAGAGAAACUCACAUUACAAGCAGAGAGCAUGUAAGUGCCCUGAUUCUGGCUCACCACACACUGGCUAAAGUCUCAGGCUUCAACACUCUUCAUUGAGCGAUGAUGUGGACAGCUUGCCAGGGCUCUGAGGACGCUGCCUCAUGGAGUCAUGGGAGGCACAGUGACGCAGGGAUGCACUGUGGAGGUCUGCAUACUGCAUCCAUCAUCAUCACCCUUCACUUUGCAAAAAAAGAUGGGCAUCGAAGCAGACAAGCACCCACCCUAGGACUGGCAGCUGAGGGCGGUGGCAGUGGGCAUUGUGACAGCCAUCUUGGCUCUUCGGUCAUGGCACUGGAACGUUCUCUUUCUUUCUCAGGAGGAGACAGGGAUCCCAGCCAACUAACUAACUGCCUGGGACUCACACACAUUCCCAAUAGCCCUCUGCAAUAAUAAUCACUGCUCAGUUAUUUCUCUAAAACGCCAUCAAUGAUUCAUUGUGUGGCAGAGAUGCAGCGUUAGAGAGACAGAGAGAAAUCAGAGUUUCACAGAAAGCAGCAAACACAUUCCUGUUAAUGCAUCGCAGAACAUCUCAGUGU